CAUUUCCCUCCAUUUUGUUUAUUUUGAAAAUACCGUGUCCAUUUUUGCGGCGUCUUGAAGUUUAUCAAUCUUAUCUAUCUUGUUUUGGCAGUUUAAUUUCGCUUAGAUAAUAUCUGACACUCUAGAAAUAUUUGUGCUCCAAUUUUCCACGCAUUUGUGAGUUAUUUACGAUUUGAUCUCUCCUGCUAAAAUCUGUGAAUCAUGGCUGAAGCUAACGGACGCGCGGCUGGACCGGGUCGUGAUGAUGACAGAAAGCUAUUUGUCGGCGGCUUAGGUCGUAACACGUCAGAAACCGAAAUCAAGGAAUAUUUCAGUCAGUUUGGAGAAGUAGAAAGUGUCAAUAUCAAAAUGGACCCAGCAACUAGGCUCCCUCGAGGAUUUGCCUUUGUCGUCUUCACCGAUGCCCAAACGAUAGAUAAUCUUCUCGCAGCUGGUGAUCACUACAUUGGUAACAAGAAAGUGGACCCAAAGAAAAUCACCAAAAAGGUAAACCCUCUUAAGUGUAAAAUAUUCGUUGGUGGAUUGACCUCCGAAAUGACGGAGCAGGAAAUUAAAGAUCACUUCUCUCAGUACGGAACCAUCACCGAGUUUCAGCAGCCUUUCGAUAAGAUGAAAAACCAGAAAAAAGGGUUUUGUUUCAUCCAGUUUGACGAUGACUCAGUAGCGUAUCAAGUUCUGAAGGACCCAAAGCAAGUCAUUAGUGGUAAAGAAGUAGAUGUUAAGAAAGUCAAAUUCAACCCUGAGACGAUGGGUGGAAGAGGUGGCCGUAAUGCUGGCUACAUGCCAAGGGGUGGAGGCUAUGCGAAUUCCUAUGGCUACACAGCUGCCGAUUAUUAUGGUGCUGCAGCUUAUGAUGGUUAUGGUGCAUCUUAUGCAGGUUAUGAUUACAGUGCGGUUGGUUACCCCGGAAGUUACGGAGCGCAAGGUUAUGGUGGUGGGAAAUACCGGGAAAAUCCUUACAGUCGGCAUGCACCUUACUAGUUGAAAUUUUCUCUCGACUGAUUUGUCCCAAAUCAAUCAAAUGUAUUUGUAUAUUUGUUUGAAAAACCCUAAUUCUAAGCAAGUGCGAUUUCACACGGAAUGGUUUUACAGUUAAAGCAGAUUGACUUCGCACACUCACAGUAUAAAGUCGGAAAAUAGAAAUUAUUUUAGUCAAUUAGUUGUAUAUAUUGCCGUAUAAUAUGAUGAAAGAUGGGUUUGACCCUUCCUGUUUUCUAUCUCAUUUUUAUUAGGGUAACCUGCUACAGAAGUAGGUACUCUCGCAGAUGGAAAAUGGACUGUCCAGCCCCAUUAGAGGGCUUUUUUUUUAUUGCGAAUCAGGGUGGAUCGCAGUGGAACGCACUGGAUUGGAAUCCUGAGCGAUUCGGACUGAUCCAAGUGUUCCAAGUGAUAAAAAAAUCCAAACUUGGAAUUGGGUUCGAUUUGUUAUUGUUUUGAUUUUUUGGGGACGGCAACUUCCUCGCAUUAGGUUAGGAUCACAGUGGAUCGCGAGCUGGCCCCACCUUCGAAGAGCGAUCCAGCGUUCCACCCUGGUUCACCUGGAACGCUUGGAUCACGCUGAGGAACGGAAUAAAAAGAUACCGAUGUUCAUCGCGAUCCACUGUGAUCCGCAUAAAAAAAAAGCCCUUGGUUGUCCAUACAGUUAUCUCUCAAUGUAUUGUGUGGAUAGUCCAUUUUUUGCUUAAUUGCUUCUCCACGUAAGACAGGAAUGGGAGCACCUGCUUUUAUUCUAGGUUACCCAAAUCCCUACAUAGUUUUGAGGCUUUCAGAUGGAGGUUGCUUCUGUUUUUACGCAUACACUAUGCAUAUUUGUGUCAAUCGCCAACCCUGCCUUCGGAGACAGGCUCUAAAGACAUAAUAUUUUCUCGUGUGCUUUAGCCUGAACUCAUGCCAGAUAAGUUAGCAGUUGUUUGCAACUACAGUCGUCCUACAGCCAUAGAGGAUUGACUGUAGGCAACGGUGUUGCCGGGCGCAGGAAUGUCAAUCAGUCUCCUGUGUCCAAUGGUCAGAAUUAAACAGCUGCCAACUUAACUGAAAUGAGUUCUAUCAUGAUUCUGAUGAGAUCAUUCUAUUAAUAACAGGAAUCCAGCUGCUCUUGAAGAACAACUAAUUUUGCAAAAUAUUGUGAGAGCAGCCGUUUUAUUUUUGAAAUCAAACUGAUGCUUCACAAUAUAUUAAUAUCCCAGUUGCAAGUAAUGUUUCACAUUUUCAUCACUGGAAAGAAAAUUCUAGCUGGGAAGCAUUGUUAGUUUUUGAUGCUCUUUUUGUAGACUAGUGAUGAAUCCUCAAGAUUUUCUCUAAUUAUUGUUUAAUUCAGUAAUGAACUCAAACUUUUAUAAUAUUAUUGUUUAGGAGUUGUAUUGAUUUCCUCAGCUCAUCAUAUUGAUUAUUUUGUCUCGCUGUAUCUAGCAACUGAACAGUAAGAAGACAUUCUUACAAUUUGCUUGUGCAAUUGAUAUGUCGAGUUGUAUUUCAGCUGAAGGAGUUAAACAUUUUUGUCCUUGCUGAAUUUUAUUUGUAUUUGUACCUUCACAACCCUAGACUCAUGUGUCUUUCUAUUAAAGAUUUUCUACACCUGAUCAGUGGUUCAAUUUCACCCUUAAAGUUUAGCAGCUUCCUCUAUAGUAGUAGACAAAUUUUUUAGCAGAAUCAAAGAUCUUUGCCCUAGCCAUGAUAGAACGUAAAAAUGUCUAAGGAGCAAAGAUGCAAAAUCAAGAGCAUGCUGAUCUUCAUCUCUUGCAUGGUUCCGGGUGAGGUUGGAACAUUUCUGUUCAAUUAAAGACAACUGUUACUUUCAUUGCAUGUAUCUACAUCAAUAAUGAACCUGACUUGGAUAACACCUCGAUAACAGUAUGUUGUAUAGUCCGAAACCUCUGUCCGUUCUUAAAUUUAAAUUAUUUUCAUCUAUAUAUUUGCUUGUCAAUUUUUCCCCUAUUUGCACAGAAUGUUUUUUUCUAUUUCCCAUCUUUGUUUUCAGAAAAAUUUUACUAAAUGUUCAGCAUUUUUGUGAUUUUUCAUUAUAUUUGCACUAGUUUUUUGAUAGUUUGAACAUAUAUUGUUAAAAAAUGUAUUUAAAAAAAUAACUUUUCUUCAGCAAAUUCUCCUGCUUGAUUUUUGCUCAGCAUGCUUCUAUGAAUACCUUCCGUUGACAUUUUCUGAGUGGAAGUUAAGUUAAUUUAUUCCACCAAAAUAUUUCCAUGAAUUGUUAACUUUUUUUCUGAAAUGAGUUCGUUGGUCCCUUAUUUUGUUGAAACUUCUUAAACUCACCUUGCCUCAUUAAGUAACGAAAUGUGAUUUUUUUUUUUUACAAGUUCUGUCCGAUCAGUGAUUUUUGUGAAUCUUCAGAUUUUUCUGGCUAAGGAUGAGUCAUUGGUUAACUUACAUUUUUAUCACUACCAUAAUAUUUUGAUGCCAUGAGCAUUUAAUUUUCUCUUCCGUUCCUUUUCAAAGCCAAGAGAAUUGAUUGAUCUCCAUCUUUAGCUGAUGUUGUUGGCUUUUGAUUUAUUUUCCUUCUAUUUGACAAAGCUAAGAAAUGUUGAGUGGAAUCAGACCCUUUCACAACUCUCCAAGAAAGAAGCCUCAUUUAUUGGAGAGAAUUCAUUUUACAGGAACUGGUAGGCGUGACUGCAACUUGAAGACACAUUAACAAGUGUUCAUUUCACUAAAAGGCUUGCUGUAUGAAAUGUUAAGGAAAGAUUACUGAGAUUGAAAUGGUAUUUUACCAUCAUCAAACUCAAAUCAUUUUUGUAAACAAAACUCUAGUUAACUUGUUUUAAUCAGAUUUCAAGUGAAUAUUUGCCCCAAAAAAUGUGCCUUUCUUCAAAACCUCUAUUUCUACUGACUUUAACAGAAAUGCAUCAAAUUGCAAUAAGUUUGAACUGACGAAGAAAUGAAGUUUUAAGUUCUAUCUCUCCAUUCGGCUCAAUAUUAAAAACAAUGCUUAGCUCCUCUUUUCUUGUUACAAAUAUUUCUUCUCCACUUAGUAUUUUUGAUAAAAAAAAAAAAAAGUUAGGAUUUUUUAAAUUCGAAACUACUCCUAACUUUUUUUUUUAUUUUUUCAAAAUGCAACUGGGGGCAUUUCUGUUAAACUUCGCUCAUUUUUACCAAUGUCGUUUUAAUUAGAGGACUCAGUAAUUCUGCCAGACCUAUUUGUGACAAAAAUGCUAUGAAUAGGGCCCUUAUCUCCUGAGAGAUUAUUUUCUUUAACUUUUUCCAAGGGCUUAAACCAUCUCUGUCUACAACCUAAGAAUAUUGUUCUUGGAACUUCUAGAUACAUAUCUCCUGCAAUUUUUGAGCUUUCCGAGUUUGAUUGUUAGAUUUUCUCCCUUUUCGCUCAUGAAAGAGGUUAAGGAAAAUGUCCUCCCGGAAGAUAAAGAUACAUUUAAAGAUAUCUUGCUUCGUCAUAUUAUGAAAUAAACAAACUCGAAAAAUAUAGAAUUGAGUAGUAGUUGUAAGAAAAUUUACUGCAUUGUCAAUUUCAUCCUCAUGUUUCACAAAAUCAAUCUGAGGCAGCAUACUUCAGAACAAUUAGUGUUCUGUAAUUAGAAAAAUAUGUUAUCAAGUUAAUAAAUUUGUAAAAAUCAAAUCUCAGAAGUUUUGACCACAAAAUUGUAUUAAUAAAUUAGUAAUUGAGGGAUCUAACAGGAUUUUUUUUCCCCACUUGGAGUAGUUGCACAUUGUGUUUGUUCACCAAGUGAAGCAGUACUCGUGUGUUUAAGCUGCUCCAGUGUUGAAGUCUCUGGGAAUCCAGGUCGAUUUUUUCUCUAAAAUUAAGGUGCCAAAUAAGCCACGCCACUUUAUUAUAUCUACCAAAUACCUGUAAGUGACCUGUAACGGUAACCGAAAUAUUUAUUUGUGAAGAUCUCUCUACCACUAGGUGGGCUUGUGUUUUAUUUUCAGAGUUUCGAUGAUAUCUUUAAUGAUUAAGAGCAAAAGUAACCCUAAUCCAGGCAGUUUUUUAGAGACACAUUCUAUCAAAAUGCCUAGUCACUUUCACUGUUGACGUUUCACUUUCCUGUAUUCUUCAAGUUACUCACCUCAGAGUUCGAACUAAUGUAAUGUCAUUGAAAUUUAGUAUGUGUUGAAAACAUCAUUGCUCACCUAAUCUCUCAUCACCUCUUCAAAUCAUAUUCCACCAAAACUCACUUCCUCUCUUUUUUUCCUAUUUUGUCUCCUUGUUUAUAUCAUCUUCUGUCUUUCUCUUUAACUUUGCACCAAGUGCAAACUUCUACCAAGAGCAAAUUCAUGUAGCGACGAUGUUGAUAUGUUACCUACAGUAACUUUAAAUCUGCAGGAGAAAAAGUCUCUAUUUUCCCAAAAUGUUUUAAAUCCAAAGUUGUUUUUGAUCGAUCUCUCCUCCUCUUUUCUCCCCUGAUUCCCCUAGUGUCAAACCUCUCAUCUGUUGAACUUAGAGAAAUUUUGUGAAUAACGUUUGUAUUGUUACGUGUUGUAAACAAUUCCUCUGUUCAUCUUGCUUGUCAAAAAGUUUCAAAAUUGCUGUCAUUCCGUCUUGUAAUUUUCUGUUUGAAACCAAUCAUAUUUUUUAAAAUAAAACUAUUUUAUGUACGAAAGUC